AUGUCAAGUGAAAAAAAAAUUACUAGAUUUACAGACAAAGAUGAUAUAAGAGAAAUACAAUCAAACGUAAGAAUAAAUAUUAAAUUAAUUCAUGAAAAGAGCAAAAUGAAAAUAGAAUUAUCUGUUAGAAAAUAUAGUGUUGGUUCAUAUAAACAAUCAAUCAAGUUUACUCAUAUGACAACAGGAGAUUCUAUAAAAAGUUCGGCUAUUGCUAUAUUAAUAAGCUCUUUAUUUGUGUUUUGUUUUAUAAUGGUAUAAUGGAUUAAAAAUAUAUUAAGAUAUUUAAGCCUAUAAAGAAAUUGCUAAAACUUAAUUAUUAAUUGA